AGGUUGGAGAUGUCAGGCAGUUGGGGACGAGGGGAGAAAGCCAGAGCUGCUGAGACCCAACUGGCUAGAGCUGCUGCUAAGAGUGCUCUUGUCACAGCUGACUCCUCCAGCACCAGAAAAGGUAAAACAUCACAAUGAAGGUGGCAGUACUGUGUUUAUGUCUUAUCAGCAUCACCGCUGCAUGGCCAGUGAGUAAAUCCAAGCAGCGUGCCAUUUCUGCCAGCUCCGAAGAAAAAUAUGACCCCAGGGGCCAUCACUCACAUAGAUAUCACCACCACCGCAUGAAUUCUCAGUCUUGGGAGAGACUGCAGCACCCGCAGAAUGAUCUGGCAUCACCUCAGCAGACUCUUUACUCUUCAGAAGAAAGCGUGGAUGUCCCAGAACAACCACACUUUCCUGAUGUGUCAAGCAAGAGCAAUGAAGAUGUGGAUGAUGAUGAUGAUGAUAAUGAUUCCAAUGACACGGAUGAAUCUGAUGAGGUUGUCACGAGUUUUCCCACAGACAUUCCAGUAACUGUACCCUUCCCUCCUUUCCCUUUCACCCGGGGAGACAACGCCGGCAGAGGCGACAGCGUGGCCUACAGGGUGAGGGCUAAAGCCACAGUGCUGAAGUCUAGCAAACUCCGCAAAGCUGCAAAAAAGCUCAUUGCGUAUGAUGCCACCGAGGAGGAUGAGAGCGCCCUGGAUGCAGACAGCCAGCAAGCAGGGCUCUCCCGGGAGGAUCCUGCUGCCCGUCGCUCCCUGGUCAAGCACGCCAUCAGUGGGGAAUGGGCUGACAAGAGCCACGCACAGGACAGCAGCGAGCUGGACAGCAAGCAGCGUGACCAGAGCGUGGAAAACGACAGCCGGCAGAAAUUUGAUAGCCAUGAGGCAGAAGGAGAUGAUAGUAGGGCUGGUGUCAGAGGGGAGAGCCACCAGAGUGCGGAAAGCAGGGAGAGCCAGGUCCACGUUUCAGCUGAGAACCGCGACGAUAACAGCAAUCAAACGUUGGAGAGCGCAGAGGAUGCUCGAGAUCAUCACAGCAUCGAAAAUAACGAAGUCACCCUUUGAAGGGAGACACGUGUAAUGUUUCCCUUCAAGUCCUACCUAAGGGGAGGGGGGGAGUAGCUUCAUUUCGGGUAACUGUAAAUGUAGAGCACGUGGUGACUUACUGGGUUUGGGGCAGCUUGUUUACCCGGUGGCCUCCCCUGGGCCACCAGCCCUCCGCGCUGCAGGUCCCGCCGGCCUCAUGGGAUGCAGCGGGCCGCGGCGUGGGGCAGCCAGGCAAAUGCUGCCGGCCGCACGGAGCCAGCGUUACCUCUCUGGCAUGCUGCUCUCUCUACUGCCAGCCUGUAUUUUGCUGUAACUGGAUUUCAAUAAAAACCACAAAACCCUGUA